GAAUAAUAGGUUUCCACUUUGCUUCCGAGCUGUACAGAAGUUAAGUCAAAGUGAACUUUAAAGCUAUUAACAAGCUACGCUAACUACCGUCCUUGCUGCAAGGUCAUGCAUUAAAUACAAGUGUUCCGUUGGUUUUUUUUAUUAACGAAUUGAACGUUUUCUAAUUUAAGUUUGUGUAAAUAUAUUUAGAUAAGUCUAGGUGAAUUUGUACUUUUGGCAUGGAAUGUAAAAGGUGCCAAAUAACAGUGCGGAUAAUCCCAAAAAAUACAACGGACGGUCUGGGAUUGGAGCAGCAGCUGCAAGAAUUAGCAUGCCCGGCUUGUGGUCUGUGUGUUGCAGUGAAAAGUAACGAGAAGUGGCUACUUCUUGAAGAUGUUCUGACCAGCAGCUCGAAACAUGGAUGGCUUCCAGCAACCAGCUGUGCAGACAAGGUGGUACACUAUGUCCUGAGCCAGAUACUGUACAACAUGUUCGAGAUUCAGGAUGUGGAGAUGCAGGAGGUGUUUUACGACCUCCCUGAUCCUGCAGAUGCUGUCAACAUACUGUGGUUACAAGGAAAGGCUAUCGGUUUCUACACCGUCAAGCUGAAAGACUCAGUCAACGAGGCCACGUCGGAAAGGUACGCGAUGGACACACUGGACACCGCCUACAUACAACCUUCCCACAGGCGCUGUGGCCACGGCCUGGCCAUGGUCCAGGAGUUUGUGAGCUCUCGCAUAGGGAAGGAAGUGGGCUUCAGCGCACCAAUAUCGUCCGCCAUGCGAGGAGUGACUUCAUUCAAGUCCUGAAGUCCUGAUCUUGCUUGCACCAUCUCAAUCCUGAUGCUGUCUUGCUGAUUGUGUGAAGUUACAAUCCCACAAUGAAUGUGGUCAACAAGUUAAGCUUGAAAUAUAAUGAACUUCCACUAGCGUAGAACCACCAGGAUAAAACACAUUGCGUGUUGCAGUGCUGGAACAGUUCUUGCGGGAUAACCCUGCGUGGAGAGAGAGCAUGUGGGAGGUGAGUGGCACGGGUGGGGACGGGAACAGGAAACUGCUCUGGCUGUCCCUCUCGGCGAAGAGGAAGCUUCAGGACCACAACUCCUGCAACACUGCGGGCAAGAGGAGCCGGCUGGAAGAAGGGAGACCAGAGUGUAGCUCCACUUCACUGUCCCCGUGAAAUAAUAAAAAAAUCCCCUUCACACGGAAUGUAUAAAUAUUUGCGAAAUGAAAUCACUGUGAUCUUAUGAAAUAAUAAUUACACUACUACUACCACAUAUAUAUUACUAUUUGUUGAGCUAUUCUGUGUCUUCUUUUGUUGUUGCUCUAUUGACAAAGUUUCUUCAUCUUAAUGUAUAUUUAUUAUGAAUUUUCUUGACUUUAGUGGUUUUGUGUUUGUUUCUGUUGUUUGACGAUUUAUUUAACUAUUAAAGUCUUUAUUGAAUCCUAA